AUGGAAAAAAGGUUAGGGUUUCACUUCGGGAAGUGCUCGAUCGCGACGAGUUACGGCUCCGGCGGUGGUUCUGCUUCCACUAGUUUCACGGCGAGGUUGUGGAGUAGUGGUUCAUGGUUUCAGGCGGUUUUUUGGGUUAAGGAGCUAAGUCGAUUUUCAGAUCUAGAUCUGCUUCGGGUUCAUUGCAAGUGCGGAGGAGGAGUGGCCAGUCAUCUCGACGGUUUGGUGGAGGGUCUUCGCUGA